AUAAUUCUGAUUCCGCGACAGAGCCUGACAUUGAGGUUUUUUUUAUUUUAACGCUCUUUUAUCAGUAUCGCCUUUAAUUUUCUGAGACGUGUUGUAUGAAAGAUAUUGUGCGUACUCUACUGCUGUUAAGAUAAAAGUGGUAUAAAGAAGCGAAACGCAAAAUCUCUGCACUCGGUUAGAUGCUUUUAGAGAGGACACAGGAGAAAACGGUCCACUCAGUUCCUGAAGCAGAGAAAUCGGUGCUGCUUUGAUGCUGCUUGCGUUCAGGAAACGUUCUGUAUCGAUGCGGCAAUGUGAGAGAACCCAUUGACGCGGACUUUAAAUUUGAUUACUCAAUAAAGCAACACUCACCAUGUACGCAUCACCGCUGUACUUUCGCAAGCUGCACACGGGCGCUCGCGAGGUGAACUUCGAGAACACGGUGCUGGUGCGGCGCGACACCGACCAAUGGUGGUUGGGAUACGUGCAGGAAAUCGACGGCGACUACUUUCUCAUUGACUUCGACUCGACCACCAACCGCCCCGAAUGGAUCCACUCCCGUCAUCUUUGGCCAGACAAUUUCCUCCGCCAAACGGGGGCUUCGAAUCGUGGUCGUUGCGUGCACGUGGCAGUGCGGGAUACCUUCGAAGGACCGAUGGUGUUCCGACCCGGGACGAUCACGCGCGAGGUGGCUGCCAUGUUUUACGGUGUCCGCCUUGACGGUGACCCUCCAACUAACACGGUUCUCAUCGCGGAUGCGUCCCAAUUCGUCUCGCAACUGCCGACGCCCGAUGUCCGGUGCAUCUUCUUCGGAGGCCACACGAAAUACGUCUACCGCCAGUAUGUCAUCAACUUCAAGCAGGCGCGGUUAUUGCGCGCUGUGGAGUUCUUGCCCCGAGCUGUGGCACGGGCGUGCCGGGUCACGUUGGGUCCUGGUGAUGGGGUCUGCGGCGUUGCCUGCCAUUUUGACUGGUCGGUGCCCAUCGGCUCGGCGAUCGCCAUGUUCCAUUGCGCCGGAUUGCAUCGUCCCACACCGUCGGGGCCCAGCGGAAUUUAGGCGAAGUUUUAUAGAUUCGAUGUGGGUUGUCGGGUGUUUGCGCGGGUGGACACGGGGACGGUGACCUUUGUCUGCGCCGAAGUGCACGGUGAUCCCGCCGGACGUAGUAUGUACUGGACUGAAGAUGCUUUGAAGAAGGCCUGCCGGGACUGCCUCAGACAGCAACAGGAGCUGCGAGCGCCUAGUACAAGGUGGCUGAGCAAAAUGGUGGUCUGGUUUACCAAGACUACUGUGCAAAUUAGAAUGCGAAGAGUGAUUCGCGAAAAUCACACCAAACGUGGACACCGCCAUUCCGUUCACCAAGCCGAGGUGGAAGAGAUCCACAUCAAUGACCUUCCGUAUCCGAUUCUGGCGCACAUUCUGCAUUGUCUCGAUCUAAUUGGUCAGCUGCGGAUACAGCGGGUGUGCGUGCUGUGGAAACUUCUGUUGGAACAGUCUACCGCCAGUCAACGGCACAUGAUUCUCGACUUCCCGCUGCUGGCCGCAGGAAAACCGGUACAUGAGAAAUCCGGUGAUAGCGCCUUUCGAUUAAACGUCGAAAGACACUAUUAUACAUACCAACUCGUGGCGCUGCUUGACCGCCACCUUGGCUUAACCAAUAUGGACACCGUGGCGUUGGUGGCGACUGCGGGACAUACGGGUUAUAAUUCACGGAAAGCAUGUCACGCUCAGAUGCGCGAUAUCCGGCACAUCUUCCAAGCCAAAGAUCUUCGCCUGCCGCUGAUUAUUAUCAAAGACAGCGGAGACCGUCCGGAAGCGGCAUUGAUGCAUAUGACCGUCAUGACGGCGGAGACGGACGGGUACCGCUGCCGGGUGCUGUCCCAGUGGAUGGGCGUGUGCCAGCAACUGCUGCUGAUUAACUACACCACGUCCCUGCCGACGGGUCUGCAUUCCCUACUCGAUCUGCUCUUCGGCCCCGACGCCAGUAAGACGACCUGGGAAGAUGGUGGGGAUGUGGCGGCGCGCUGGAUGGAGCGCGACACGCUGACCAUCACUAUUCCGUUCCUGCGCUUUCACUGCACGGAGACGGGUAAGGAGCAGCGCGGGCGCUUUAUCGCGGCGGUGAAUGACCACUGUCCGGCCGUCAGUCAGGGGAUAACCGCAAAGGUCACCAAAAUGUUGGCACGCUGGGUGCAGACGUUGGUCUAUCCCGAUCAGUGGACUGGGAUUUGCCAAUUCCUCAUCCUGUUCAGCAGUGUGGACCCUGAUGGCCGUCCACAGCGGUGGGAUGACGUUGACUUGCGGCAAUUGGAUGUGACGGUGCUCAGCCGCUUAGCCAUGCACAUGCUGGACGAAUUCUUCCAAGACUGGUUGGAGCCGAUGCAUGUCGAUGGAGGGAAACCUUUCACAUGUCUUCAGCUGUCUAAAAAAUACUAA